CUCCACACCAACAGCUAGAGUCGCGACCGAGCUCGCUCGUGGUCGGUCUUCAGUUCUUCGUCCUUGAGCCUCUGCGGUUGGUUUGGUCUCGGCAGAGGUCUUGCGCAGAGUCGCAGACAUGCAGCCCGCCGGAAACACCACCACCACGACGACGACGACGGAGAUCUGGCAGUGGCAGUGCGCCGUGUGCCGAGCUGACUGGAAGAUGCUGCGCCAGGUGACCACUCGCUGCCCGCACGGCCACGGCUGCCGCUGCUGCCAGGGUAGUAUUCCUCCGCCAUCUGCAGGAAACCCUCCACUUCCUCAUCACCAUCACCACCACCACCACCACCAUCGCCGUCACCAUCAUCUUCCUCAACAGGAGGGCUCCAGCUGGGCUUUGGCUGCUGACGCUGACGAGGGAUCCAAAUCCAAGAACGCCGGGCGCAACACCACUACUCUGAGCCCUGCCCCUCCCGCCGUGGCGCAGGUCUGCUGGGUUCCGGACCCGCACCUGAUGGUGCAGCAGCUCAGGGAGUUCGAGCACCUCAACGACGAGGUGGUCGCGCUCAGGGUGCAGCUCCAGGAGUACGCGGCGGAGAUCGAGAGGAGCAUCAGCAGGAGGGACGACGACGCCGGGACGGACUGGUUCCUCACCCUCCCGACCAGCGUCAGGGACGUCCUCGUCAUGGCCAAGGACACCAUCGAGUCAUUCAUCGCCAUGUCCACUACUGCUCCGGCGAAUUAAGCAGCAGCUGUAGUUAUAUAUAUACAAAUGUUGUGGUUACUCGUUUGACAUUAACGACCAUCUCUCCUGUGUGCGAGUAUGUAACUAUGUGAGGCUUUGUCAUGCUUGGUUAUCUCUGGUACUAGGUGAA